AUGGAAGGCGCCUCGUACCAGAGAUUCCCGAAGAUCAAAAUCCGGGAGGUGAGGGACGAUUACAUGAAAUUCGAGCUGCGGGAGACGGACGCGAGUAUCGCCAACGCGCUUCGGCGUGUGAUGAUUGCGGAGGUGCCGACAAUCGCCAUCGAUUUGGUGGAAAUCGAGGUGAAUUCGUCCGUUCUUAACGACGAAUUCAUCGCCCACCGCCUAGGGCUCAUUCCGCUUACCAGUGAACGUGCCAUGGGGAUGAGGUUUUCACGAGACUGUGAUGCCUGUGAUGGAGAUGGUCAAUGUGAGUACUGCUCCGUGGAGUUUCAUCUGAGAGCAAAGUGUAUUAAUGACCAGACCCUUGAUGUCACUUCUAAGGAUUUGUAUAGCUCUGACCACACGGUUGUUACAGUUGAUUUUUCGGAUUCAUCUUCUGGCUUUGAGAACUCGGAGAAUAAGGGAAUUAUAAUUGUGAAGCUACGCCGUGGUCAGGAGCUGAUUCUAAGAGCCAUUGCUCGGAAAGGAAUUGGUAAAGAUCAUGCUAAAUGGUCACCUGCAGCAACCGUCACUUUCAUGUAUGAACCUGAGAUUUAUAUCAAUGAAGAAUUGAUGGAGAGCUUGACACCUGAUGAGAAAAGGGAGUUUGUUGAAAGCAGUCCUACCCCAGUGUUCAAAUUCGAUGAGAUUACGAAUCAGGUUCUGAUUCAUGAUGCCGAGGCAUAUACGUACGACGAAGAGGUGAUUAAGAAAGCUGAAUCGAUGGGUAAACCAGGCCUUGUAGAAAUCCGUGCGAAGGAAGAUAGUUUUAUUUUUACUGUUGAGUCAACUGGUGCUAUCAAAGCUUCUCAAUUGCUUCUCAAUGCAAUAGACGUGCUGAAGCAGAAGUUGGAUGCAGUUCGCUUGUCGGCUGAUACUGUGGAAGCUGAUGAACAGUUUGGAGAAUUGGGUGCACACAUGCGCGGAGGAUGA